AUGGCCGCCGCCGCCGCCGUCUCUGCGCAAGAAGCGCAGCAGAUGCCCUUUAUCAAAAACCUCGCCUCAAGCGACCGCAAACUCCGCACCGAAUCCCUCUCCUCCCUCCAAGCCUUCCUCUCCUCCCGCCGCUCCCUCACCCCCCUCGACGCCCGCAAGCUCUGGACAGGCCUCUACUACGCCCUCUGGAUGACCGACCGCCCUCGUCCGCAGCAAGCCCUCGCCGCCGACCUCGCCGGCCUCGUCUCCGGCCUGCAGCCCGCCUGCGUCGAGCCCUGGCUGGCCGCCUUUUGGUCCGUCCUCGGCGUCCAGUGGCCGCACAUUGAGGCGCUGCGCCUCGACAAGUUCCUCCUGCUCGUUAGGAGAAUGUUCGCCGCGCAUGUCAAGGUUGUGAAAGAGAAUGGGUUUCAGGGUGAUUUGGCGGAGCAGGUGCUGCGUGUGUUUGCGCAGUGGUGUUUUGACGUUGAAGACGAGAACAAGGUUGCGCUGGGGUUGAGGCUGCAUGUGCUUGAUGUUUGGGUGGACGAGCUGGAGCGCGAGGGGGCGCUUGUGGAGGAUGAGCACGCGAGGGCGUUUGUGAACAAGGUUGGAGCGUUGGUGGAGAGUCUCAAGAGGUGUCCUGUCAAGUCGGUUCGACAGCGUGCGCUGGACAGCUAUGAUGAUGAGAGACUGCCGUGGGUGGAGAAGAAGGAGGAGGAGGAGGACGACGAAGAGAUGGAUGGUGAGGAGGGCGCGGAGGAUGCCGAAUGGGGUGGCAUAGACAAUUAA